AUGGAGAGUGGAGAGGCGAUGUGGAGGCUGCUUCAGAAUGAGAGUUCCCUCCGUCAGCGUAACGUCAGCCUUUCCAGGCCUGACGCCUGCUCUGUUGGCAACGUACACAAAAGUACUCUCGUUAGAACUCUCACGGAAGUCAAAACUGACAGAGCCCAGCUCGAGGAGUACAUCCGCGCCACCAACCCAGCCCCCAACGGCUCCAAAGACCUAUCUGAGGUUCUCAAAGGCGACAUCAUAUGCCUAGAGGGCUCACCGUGCAGGAUUUCAGGCAUUAGCUCCACAGGGAGGCUCACAGUAAUCGAAGGAGCCAGCCUGAUUGACGAUAUGCCAUACGCUGCCAGGUUCAACCACUGCUACGGAGUCACCGACAACCAGAACUCUCGCAAUGCCUAG